AAUGAAUACGCUUCCCUUCCCUUCCCUUCCCUCUCUCGUCAAUCAAUAAUAAACAAAGACAAAUCCGUUACGUGUAUUCUCUUUUUGCACAGGACCAGCACAGGGAGAGAGAGAGAGAGAGACAUACAUACAUACAUACGGAUUUAGAGAGAGAGAGAGAGGGACAGCGAAGCAAGCGGAAUUUCUCUCUCCUCAGCUCAGGUCUGGAGAUCAUUGAAUUGAAUCAACUCUGAAGAAGCUCUCUCCCCUCUGCAAACUUUGACCAACCGGCGGUUAUAGAGACCGUAUGCUCCACCCAGCAGCUCCAAUGCAAUGCUGUGCCUCCUCCUCCUCCUCCUCUGAUCAUCUUUGAUUGAUUGAUUUCCUCUCUCUCUCUCUCUCUCUCUCUCGCUCUCUUUCUUUGCUGCUGAGAUUUCCUUUCCUCUUCGCCUUGCCCUCUGACAAUGGGAGGUCGCUGCUCCAAGUUCUCUCUCUGCUGGUUCCACUCCCACCUCAAGUCCUCUGUCCUCGAGUCUUCCGAUCUCGAGAACGGGGACAAGGGCGAGGGCAAGCAGUGGCCGGCCUUCACGGAGUUCAGCUUCGAGCAGCUCAAGUCCGCCACCUCUGGCUUCUCCCCCGACAACAUCGUCUCCGAGCACGGCCUCAAAGCUCCCAACGUCGUCUACAAGGGCCAGCUCGACAACGGCCGCUGGAUCGCCGUCAAGCGCUUCAACCGCCUCGCCUGGCCUGAUUCUCGCCAAUUCGUCGAGGAGGCGAGAUCAGUGGGGAAUCUGAGGAGCGAACGGUUGGCAAAUCUCAUCGGGUGUUGCUGUGAAGCGGAGGAGAGAUUGAUGGUGGCUGAGUUCAUGCCGAAUGAUACACUUGCCAAACAUCUCUUUCACUGGGAGAAUCAGCCAAUGAAAUGGGCAAUGCGGCUGAGGGUGGCCUUUUAUUUGGCACAAGCUCUGGACUAUUGCAGCAGCAAAGGUCGAGCACUCUAUCAUGACCUCAACCCUUACAGGGUCUUGUUUGAUCAGGAUGGAAAUCCUCGCUUGUCUUCUUUCGGCCUGAUGAAGAAUAGCAGAGAUGGCAAGAGUUACAGCACCAACUUAGCCUUCACCCCUCCAGAGUAUCUAAGGACAGGUAGAGUCACACCAGAAAGUGUAGUUUACAGCUUUGGGACCAUGCUGCUCGAUCUCCUGAGCGGCAAACAUAUUCCUCCAAGCCAUGCUCUUGAUCUAAUUCGUGGAAAGAAUUUUCUUAUGCUGAUGGACUCUGCUUUGGAGGGUCAUUUUUCAAAUGAUGAUGGAACUGAGCUAGUUCGGCUAGCCUCCCGAUGUUUGCAGUAUGAAGCUCGUGAGAGGCCAAAUGCAAAGUCUCUUGUCACAUCUCUUAUGCCACUUCAGAAAGAAACUGAUGUUCCUUCUUAUGUGCUAAUGGGUAUCCAGCGCGAGUCUGCAUCACCAACACCACCACUGUCAUUGACCCCUUUCGGUGAAGCUUGCUUGAGAAUGGAUCUUACUGCCAUUCAUGAAAUAUUAGAGAAGAUCGGAUACAAGGAUGAUGAAGGGAUUGCCAAUGAGCUAUCAUUCCAGAUGUGGACCAACCAAAUGCAGGAGACGUUGAAUUCCAAGAAGCAUGGAGAUACUGCUUUUCGGGGGAAGGAUUUUGGAACUGCAAUUGAUUGCUACACACAGUUCAUCGACUGCGGGACCAUGGUGUCACCAACUGUGUAUGCAAGGCGGUGCUUAUCGUACUUGAUGAGUGAAAUGCAGCAAGAAGCCCUCGGGGACGCAAUGCAAGCUCUUGUGAUCUCUCCCGAAUGGCCUACCGCCUUGUACCUCCAGGCAACAUGCUUGUUCAGCCUCGGGAUGGAAAGUGAAGCUCAAGAUUCUCUGAAAGACGGCACGAGCUUAGAAAUGAAAAGGACCAAGAACUGAGAAUUGUGUAUAGAUUUUUCUGUUUUCUUUUUUCUUUCCUCCUUUUUCCCCGGGUUGCCUAUUCUACACUCUUCAUGAUCUUGUAUUUAUUUACCCCUCAGCUCAAGAGCCAAUUUGGGAGUGCUCGCGACAUUAGAGAGCUUUCUGAUAUGAAUUGAUUGUUUCAAUGAGUGUGGCAUGCCAAA